AUGUUCUCAAGAUCGAUCGGUCAAGCCUCUUCGCGCCUUUUCAGACAGCCUUUAUUUUUCAGAUCGCUUUCUACGGAGGUCAAAAAUGCCCUUGAUGGUGCCGUCCGGUCUGCGCCGGUUGUCCUUUUUAUGAAAGGCACUCCAGAGUUUCCUCAAUGUGGGUUUUCCAGAGCCACCAUUCAAAUAUUGGGCCAACAAGGAGUUGAUCCAAAUAAGUUCGCCGCAUACAAUGUUCUAGACGACCCGGAAUUGAGAGAGGGAAUCAAAGAAUAUAGUCAGUGGCCUACUAUUCCUCAGCUUUACGUUAACAAAGAGUUCAUUGGAGGUUGUGAUAUUGUUCAGUCUAUGGCUCAAAGCGGCGACUUGCUGGAGUUGUUGGAGUCUAAUGACUGUCUUGUUGCUGAGGAAGAUGAAUCCCCUCAACAAGCUGAUAUCAAACCAAGCGAAAGAUAG